UGUUAAUGUAAGAACAUCAAUGAGCAAAUGGAUUAAUGAACAAUAAACGUUUAGCUACAAGAAAUGAUCGUCGUCUUGCACAUCGUCGUCCUGUGUUGGUUCACGCUACGAUCGUACGCCGCCAACGUCUUACCUGCUUCUUAUGCUUGGAGCACGUUCACAGGGCCUGUGUCCGGCGAAGUCCAAGAAGUCAAGCCAUGGAAACCGUCUUCGGAUUAUGAAAGUGAAAACGGCGAAAGCAGCCCUUACGGUGCUGAUUACGUGGCGAAACCGCAAUACUCGUUCGCGUACGGCGUGGAGAACCCGAACACGGGCGAAAGCCACGGGCACUCGGAGACCCGGGACGGUUCCACGGUGACGGGCGAGUACUCGGUGAUGGAACCGGACGGCGUGCUCAGGCGGGUGCUGUACACGGCGGACCCGAAAAACGGGUUCAGGGCGUCCGUGCGGUACGUGCAGCCGGACGGCGAGGAGUCGUUGGUCCGCGACCACGGUUUCCACGGCGGCGGCGACGACGGUGGUGGUGGCCAGCAGGACGAGCAGCCGCAGUCGGCGGCCGAGCACGAGUCGGACGACGGCGAUCACCCGUACGCCGCGGGGGCGCCAUCGCCGCCGUCGUUAUCGUCCUUGUCGUCGUUGGCCGAGUACGAUACGGACGGCGACGGCCGUCGCCCGUACGCGCCGCCGCUGUCGCUGCCGCAGCCGCCGCUGUCGCUGAACUUCGGCUUCGACAAGUACAACGACAACCUGCACAACGACGACGGCGACUACGACGACGAUUCCGGCGGCCGCGGCGGCGGCGGUCGCGGCGGCGUAUCCACGUCCGAGUUCAAGUUCCCGUCCUCGGCCGGUCCGUUCUCGAAGCCAGUCAACACCGUUGAUUCUACGGACGACGAGUACGGCGACAACGACAAAUACCGUAACUGGGGUGCCACGUUCGGCUCUUCGCAGGCGGCGUUCGACGAUUUCCCGCCGUCGUUUGGUCUGUCGUCCACGUCGUCUCCGUACGGCAUAGGAUCGCCGUCGCCGCCGUCGCCGUUCGGCCUGCCGUCCUCGCUGUCGCCGUCGUUCGGUUUUCCCAAGCCGCCGCCGCGCACAGCCGCGGAUCCGUGCGGACCGCUGCCCAACGACCGUUCCGCGCAGUCGCUGUCCGCCAACGUCCUGGGCUUCCGGAACCGGUUCAACAGGCCGUCGUCGGCGGGCGGCGGAGACAACGACGACGACGACUCCGAGCAGCUGAGGUCGUUGCCGGCCGGUGACGACGACCACGAGGACGUGGACAACGCCGACGACGACAACGAGACGGACACCUCCGCACGCAACACCGACGUCGAGUUGUUACCUCCGGGCAGAUCGCCGCGGCCGCGGCCGGGCGCCAGACCGAAACGACCGCCGCCGUCGGCCCAACCGUCUCAGCCGCCCACGCCGUCCACUCCGACGCCUUCUCCCGCGGCCGCGGCCACGCAACCGUUGCCGCCGCCGUCGUCACCGCAACCGUUCCGGCGGCCGUCACCGUUCCGCCGGCCAUCGGCUUCGUCACAGAUCAUAACCGUCCACCUGUCACCCUCGCAGGCUAUGAUGCCUAUCGAGCCGACCAUCAUCGACAUCAACACCUGACAACCGGACACUCCUCACCCACCCCACCGUACCAGCACCUUGAACCCACCGCAUCGUCACCCGGCCGCCGCCGAAUCGACGUGGGAUCCGCAUGAAAAUCACGUAGCAAUAAAUCAUACCGGGAUCGCCUAUCGUUCAAGCCUCCGUCGUAGUCCGCUGCCACUCGUCCUCUGGUCAACCGUUCCGCUAGCGAAGCAUCCCCCCCCUCCCCCGUUGUACACUAAACCACUUCGCCCGAUAGCUAAACGCGGAACGAUUUACAAGAUAUAUCAAUAUCAUUCCCCUACGGGUAUCGCACAAUCAUAAACGCAAAUAAGGGGUGGACUGCUUAGGUCUUAACCAACUAACGUAAUUCUCAGAACUAUUAUAGCUCCCUCGGAAAAACCCCAACGAUUUCGCUACACGAUUGGUUAUGUUCCGGUAUAAACCUGAGCUUCAGUCGCCCCCCCCCCCCAAUUUCAAACACUAUUUGCACCUACGCUCACGAUACUGGUGUUCGCGGUAAAACGUUAAACAACCACAUCGACGAUGUGCCUAUCGGAUCCUACGUCGGUCGAUUUUCGUGUGACGUCUCGUUGCAUUUUCCCCUGUAUUCCGUAUUACUAUAGUAUACUCGGUUUGCGUGAAAGAGUUUUCAUAAGUACGAUUUAUUCGGUUUCGACAAUGUGUACCGCUUUCCGAAAAAACUCCGAAACGCUCAACUUUUUCACAAUACUUCAACAUUUUCAGCUGUACCGUCGAUGAUAUUCAUGAAUGGCGUUUGAACGAUACACAUUUCUUCCACUAUCAAUACGCUAUCGAUACGAUAACAAUCCGAUAUGCAUAAUAUGUAUCUUGUAAACGACAACGAUUUUUUAGAUUUAAUGUUUACAUUUUUAUUCUGGCGGGUUUACAAAGCGAUGUUUACGAAAAAACGCACUGCAAAAAUAAUCUCAAAUUUUCGAAAGGACGUGUUGCGAAUUUACGUUAUAGAACGUACUAUUCAUUGAUAUACCUCACAGAAAUCAACCGAAUAAUUAAUGAUUAGCUCGAUUUGUACAGAACAAUUCUUUACCGAGGAAAUGAAGUAUGUUUCGAGUAAAUUGAAAAACGAUGUUCAUCGCCUGUUGCACACUUACGACACC